AUGCUUCACAUUCUUUGCAGGCGUCAUCGAGUAUUGCUUCUACACACCCUCAAGCUUAAACCCUGUUCGGAUUCACAAAUUUCUAAUUCUCUCUCAUUCUCUUCUCAUUUACGCAGUUUCUCGCUCAAAUCUUCACAGUCAACAACAAUGAGAUCUUCACGAAGAGUAAGUGCAGCUGUAAGGACAGAAAGCGGAUCAGGCACAAUGGAGGUUGAUAUCUCCUUGAGUCCUAGAGUAAAUUCAGUGAAGCCUUCAAAGACCGUGGCUAUAAUUGAUCAGGCAGCUGCUCUUGCUCAAGCUGGUGUGCCUGUUAUUCGGCUAGCAGCUGGAGAACCUGAUUUUGAUACUCCAGCAGUAAUAGCUGAGGCAGGAAUUAGUGCCAUUCGAGAAGGAUACACAAGGUAUACUCCUAAUGCGGGUACUUUAGAACUCCGUUCAGCUAUUUGCCACAAGCUGAAAGAGGAGAAUGGAAUAUCUUACACACCUGAUCAAAUUUUGGUGAGUAAUGGGGCGAAGCAGAGUAUUCUUCAGGCAGUUCUUGCAGUUUGUUCCCCAGGAGAUGAGGUUCUAAUUCCUGCUCCAUAUUGGGUGAGCUACCCAGAUAUGGCGAAGUUGGCUGAUGCAACCCCUGUAAUUCUUAAUACCCACAUAUCUGAAAAUUUUCUUUUAGAUCCAAAGCUUCUUGAAUCGAAACUCAGUGAGAAGUCAAGGCUGUUGAUUCUUUGCUCGCCAUCCAACCCAACAGGGUCUGUUUAUCCGCGUAAAUUGCUUGAAGAGAUUGCUCAUAUUGUAGCAAAGCAUCCCAGGCUUCUGGUUCUCUCUGAUGAAAGUUAUGAACAUAUUAUUUAUGCUCCGGCAACUCAUACGAGCUUUGCAUCUUUACCUGGCAUGUGGGAUAGAGCUCUAACUGCAAAUGGCUUUUCAAAGGCAUUUGCCAUGACUGGUUGGAGACUUGGAUAUCUUGCUGGUCCCAAACACUUUGUGGCUGCAUGUGCGAAGAUUCAAAGUCAGUCGACUUCGGGUGCCAGCAGUAUAUCUCAAAAGGCAGCAUUUGCCGCUUUAGGAAUGGGAUAUGCUGGUGGAGAAACAGUGUCAGUUAUGGUCAAGGCAUUCCAAGAGCGGAGAGAUUUUCUGGUUAAAAGCUUCGGAGAAAUGGAGGGAGUUAAAAUCUCAGUGCCUCAGGGAGCUUUUUACCUCUUCCUUGAUUUCAGCUCUUACUUCGGAGCGCAGAUCGACGGGUUUGGUGCCAUUAAUGGUUCCGAGUCCCUGUGCCGAUAUUUGCUUGACAAGGCUCAAGUUGCUCUUGUCCCGGGGGAUGCUUUUGGCGAAGACAGCUGCAUCCGCAUAUCGUAUGCAGCAUCCCUUUCCACUCUAAAGGAUGGAGUAGACAGAAUUAAGAAAGCUCUAAUCUCAGUCAGGCCGGCAAUUCCAGUUUAA